AUGCUUGCUUUUACUUCCCUUCUUCUUAUCAUCGUCGUCCUUCUCUGGCUAUUUGUCAAAGCUCCCUUUCUACGUAGAAGAUCUCCUCCAAUAUCUGUCAAUUACCAUUUCUCACGAAAAUGCAAUAUGACGUGCGCCUUCUGCUUCCACACAGCAACAACCUCCCAUAUUGAGACCCCUGAAAACGCCAAACGAGGCCUCAAGCUCCUCAAGGAAGCGGGCAUGAAGAAGUGCAACUUCGCCGGCGGAGAGCCCUUUCUCUACCCCAAGUUUCUCGGAGAAAUGAUUGAUUACUGCAAAGACACUCUCCAGAUUGAAUCAGUCUCCAUCGUCUCAAAUGGGAGCCUGAUCAAGGAGCGGUUCCUCCAGAAACACGGUCACAACAUUGACAUCCUGGCCAUCAGCUGCGACUCCUUCGACGAAGCCACAAACGUCAAAAUUGGUCGAGGAUCCGGCAACCAGGUCAAGAAGCUGUACGAAAUUGCCUCUUGGUGCCAAAAGUACAGCAUCAAGUUCAAGCUCAACACCGUCGUCAACAGGUUCAAUCAUCUCGAGGACAUGAAUCAGCAUAUCAGCGCGCUACAGCCAUUUCGCUGGAAGUGCUUCCAAGUGCUCAUCGUCGCAGGGGAGAACGACUCCGAUGCCACGCUUCGCAACGCUCACAGCCUGACUAUCUCUGACGAAGAGUUUGACGACUUUUGCAAGAGGCACAGCGGCCAAGCGUCUCUGGUUCCGGAACCAAACCGUUUGAUGGCUAAAUCCUACCUGAUUCUCGACGAAUACAUGCGUUUCUUGGAUAGAGAUGGGAAAGCUCCAUCCGAGUCCAUCUUGAAGGCUGGUGUUCGCCGCGCGUUGGAGCAAGUUUUCUGGGAUGAAGCAGCAUUUCUCGAACGUGGAGGUCUCUACGAUUGGAACAAGGGAUCUUGUUCUUCAGACAAGAUGGGGCUGGAAUGGUGA